AUGUUUCAAGCGUUACAUCAAUUUGCCCUGAGGAAACCAGCGAUCUUUUGGUCUUGUGUCAUUGGAAGCAUUGGCCCUGUCAUGGUUUUCACGGUCCCUAAAGUCAGACGCGAGUAUUUCGGCUUUCAGGGUUAUGAGACUCUUCCCAUCACCUAUCCUCUUCCCAACCGACCCCGUAAGCCUACCACUGGUUAUGAAGACCCUUGA